GAAAUAUCGGCAAACGGAUUAAAACGUUGUCCUAUGUACAUAUAUGCUUACUGUUGGGUGUUUGAACUUGAUUUUAAUUUCGAUUAGAAUGUGUCUUAUAUUUGUGUAUUGACCAUUAGUUGUCAAGGAAUUUAGUUGUUUUUAUUAUUUAAACACAGAUCAAGGCAGCGUUUAGAGUCUUACUGCCAGUGAACGCCCGACCCCCUUAAUUCCGGUUAGAAGGAAAUCCGUCCGGCCGUCCGUUGUUCGCAUUUUUAACGUGUGAACAAGAUUCGCAUCGCAAACGUGUGAACAUCAAACCACAAACUUCGCAACAAUGGAUUCCAAACCCAGGCCGCUCUGUUGCUGUCUCCAUGUAUUGUUUGCGGGGGAUUAUACUGGUGCUAAGUUUUUCGCACAUUAAUGCAACUACUACCUCCGUGGUGAUCUACAACUCCAUUAACGUGGCUGUGGGUCAGCAGGCAACGUACAACUGCAGCAUAUCCGGUACCGGCCCCGACCCCUCUGUUGCCUGGAAAAUGACCGACACCAGUGGUAACACUAUCGCCGUCUCCUUCACCGUCCGGAACACCGGAACUGACAUUACCAGCGACGGAUCGCUCCUAAGCUCCAACACUUUUCUAGUACAGUCGUCGCACAUCAACCAGCGGCUGUGGUGCUCCGUAACCGACAUCGGGUCGGCUUCCGCCAGCUACCAGAUCUUUACGCACAUUACGGAGACUAGCGCAACUACGGCUAAUCAAGGGGAGACCUGCAGUCCAAACGUUCAGUGUACGCCAACCAACUCUGAGUGUCGGAACAGCGUCUGCGUGUGCAGGACCGGGUACCGAGCCAACGGAAACACGUGUAACCUCAGUUAUUCGGGCUACACCGUUUCUGGAACCACGACCAAAUCAUACAGAGCAGAAUUAACCACUCAUCAGCACACCGGAACGUCUAACAUACAUGAUCCAGUGCGGCUUGUGAACGGUCCCAACCAUUACAGUGGACGUGUGGAGGUCUACCAUAACGGGCAAUGGGGAACCAUUUGUGAUGACAACUUUGACCAUAACGAUGCCAACGUGAUUUGCAGACAGCUCGGUCUUUACCGGGGAUCUAGUUACGGGCAGGCUUACGGCAGAGCGCAUUAUGGGCAAGGAACCGGUCAGAUCUGGUUGAGCCUUCUCGAUUGUGCUGGGUAUGAAUCCAGUAUCAGCCAGUGCAGUCAUUGGCAAUGGGGCUUGCACAAGUGUGAUCACUCGGAGGAUGCAGGGGUGGACUGUUAUGCAUACAGUUACGAGACGACGACAAUGACGUAUUACACCACUUGGUUUCCUUGGUUGACGACACGCAUGCCUUUAUGGCAGACUUCUACAGCGUCCUCUUCCCAGUGUGGUGGGUAUUUCUACGAAACAAGUGGUCACUUCGGAAGUCCAAACUACCCGUCUAACUAUGGAAAUAACGAGGACUGCUAUUAUUAUAUCAGAGCUCCGGUCGGUCAUAUAAUUUGCCUAGAAUUUUCAAACUUUAAGACCGAAGCAUGCUGUGAUUAUUUAGAUAUUCACGAUGGACCAUCAACAGGAAGCGAUCGCAUUUUAAGGUUGAUGGGAAACAAUGAUACCUAUCUUUGCUCGACGGGAAAUAGCCUGAGUGCCCAUUUUCACACUGACGGAUCUGACUCUUUUGGCGGUUUUGAAGCAAACUAUACGGUAGUUCGACAAAACGCCAACAACGUCAGACUGGUGGACGGUCCGGACAAUUAUACUGGUCGGGUGGAGAUUUUUCACAACGGUCAAUGGGGCACAGUGUGUGAUGAUGAUUUUGGUUACGAAGAAGUCGUUGUAGUGUGUCGAAUGCUGGGGCUGUUCCAAGGACAGGGAUAUGGUCGGUAUUACAAACCGGAUUCAGGAACGGGUCAAAUAUGGCUGGAUGAUUUACGAUGUGUCGGGAACGAGUAUUCUCUAAACGACUGUGGUUCAAACGGGUGGGGGUCCCACAACUGUGGACACACUGAAGAUGUGGGUGUUAUUUGCAACGUUCAAUCGGGUUACUAUACUGCUGAAUACACAGGCCAAUACUACACAGACACAAGGACAGAAACAGCUACUCAUCAACACAGCAUGACGUCUUACAUAGAUGAUCCAGUCCGGCUUGUGAACGGCCCCAACUAUUACAGUGGACGUGUGGAAGUCUACCACAAUGGUCAAUGGGGAACCAUUUGUGAUGACAACUUUGACCAUACCGAUGUCAAGGUGAUUUGCAGACAGCUUGGUUUUUACCAGGGAUCAAGUUACGGACAGGCUUACAGCAAUUCGCAUUUUGGCCAAGGCUUCGGUCAAAUCUGGUUGGACAAUCUUGAAUGUAAUGGAUAUGAAUCAAGCCUUGAACAGUGCAGACAUCAGGCAUGGGGCUCUCACGAUUGUACACAUACGGAGGAUGCAGGGGUGGACUGUUAUGCAUACAUGUACGACACGACGAAAAUGGAUUAUUACACAACUGAACGUCCGUGGUGGCAGACGACAUUCAGCCCUUGGUGGCAGACUACUGCAGGUUACACCGUCCAAGACGCCAUUCGGGUGGGAUGCAGCGAGACUGGCUGGGACAUCCAGGUGGACAUGGAUAUGCUGCGCCGCGUGUACCCGAACGCACGUGCGUCCGACAUCUACCUGGGAGAGAACACGUGCAUGGGCAUGGAGUCCUGGAACCACGUGGUCUUCCAGCAGGGUCUCAGAGAAUGCAUCACGAGUGAAACGGUAAGGCACGACGUCUUCGUCUACUCGAACCAACUCGUGUACGCGGAGAGAGACCCCGUUCACCCGUUCAUCAUCCGACAUUACAAAUGGACGGUCGGCGUAGAGUGUGACGUGCAGAGGAACGAUAGCUCGUCCGGUCACAUAGUGCACGAAAACAACAACCAUCAAGGUGGCCCGCUGGUGUCUGGCGCGAGCCACUAUACGGUGAACAUGACGUUCUACCUGGACCCGAACUUUCAACAGCCUCUUCCCAGCAAUCCUCUGCGCUUGCCAGUGGGCACGGACGUGUAUGUGAAGGUGUUUACCCAGGCCACUGACUGGACGGUGAAGAUGCGCGUGCACACGUGCUACACAAAGCCCUCGCCUACUUCACCGGACUAUCUGCGAUACAACCUCAUCCAGAACGGUUGUGAAGUAGACACCAACACUCACCUGAUCUCGCAGUCUACGCACGAGACGAGAUUUGUGUUCCAAGACUUCGAGUACACGAGCAAUCAUCAGGAAAUCCACGUGAUGUGCGACGCCACGUUUUGUAGCACGUUUGAUUACAGUCGCCAAUGCACACAGACCUGCAAUCCCAUUAUCAGAAGAAACGUUCACGUGAAACAUGUCGAUGACGUCACGAAAUCUUCUUCUGACGUCACCGCUGAGGGUGUCAGGGGCUCUGAUUCGAAAACAGAAGAGGCCGCUGAUGUCGAGCAGACAAACACAGUAACCAGUAGCCCGUGCUUUGAGCUGAUAAGAUGGGGAUCACUACAGGAGAUGAUGGAUCAUUUUAGCUUAGUUGUGUUUGGUCUUUUUCUGCUGCCCUUGGCGUGUACAGAAACCCAAGUAAGAUUAGUACAAGACGGCAGUGCCUAUCGAGGCUACGUUGAGAUCUUACACGACGGACAAUGGAGGGCUCUGUGUAGCCAAUACAAUCCAACAGCAACAGAAACAGCCAAUGUUAUAUGUGGGAUGCUGCGAAACACAACACAAUACACCGUAAAUGCAACAUUGUCGUCCUCUUACCACCCGGAUAUGAAGAGCGGUAUUUCAUUGCCAAAUCUUCGAUGUGAUGGAGAUGAAAUCGACAUUCUGUUCUGCAAGUCAAACCGAUGGUCUCCGCAAGACAUUUGUUAUAACGGAGUGGUUCACGUAUCUUGCAACACUCAGGUGUACAGCAAUAUGGUCAAUGGCGGAGUGGUUGGGAACCCUUAUACCAUAUUUCAUAUCUGUCAGGACUAUUUUUCACAUGCUGAUGCGACGGUGUAUUGUCGGACUGCGUAUCUACCAUCAUGGAACGUUAGUUAUACGACGGAUGCGAAUACAGACUAUUCAUCUUACAAGCUGCGAUUGGGUUGCCAAGGAAACGAAGAUGAUGUUUCUGAGUGUAACGUCCAUGAGACCUACUGCAAUGGAAACCCGUAUAACGGAGUGAAUAUUUUUUGUAAAGAAACUGAAAUAAUACUCAGAGGCGGGCGUAACGAUUUGCACGGAACGAUAAGCGUAUAUGAAAAUGGCUACAUGAGAUACAUCUGCUCAGACGGGUUUGGUCCGAACGAAGCACGCGCAGUAUGUGCAAAUCUCAAUGGCACGGCGGUGCCAGGCAAAAUCACUCGUGCAUAUGUUGGGAGUUACAACAAUUUUAUAAAAAACGUUCGAUGUCAUGGAAUGGAGUCCGAUAUUUCCAUGUGCACCUCUACAAUGAGUGGAUACUGCAGCAGUGGAUACGCGGCAGCUGUUGACUGUAAUGAAGUCCGGCUAAUGGAUGGCUCUGACGACAGCAGUGGCCGAUUGGAGAUCUACAACACAUCCUCCGACUCAUGGAGCACAGUCUGUCGGAGAGGUUUUUCUUAUGCAGAGGCGAACGUCGUUUGCCGUCAAUUAGGGUUUUCCAAUGGUUUGAAUGAAUACAGCACAAGAGGGGGUGGUGGGAAAGGAGACAUAUUUCCAUCCGUGUUUAAUUGCCAUGGUUACGAGUGGGACCUCAACGACUGCCUGGUUGACCAUCACCGGAGUGUGCACUGUAUCCAUCAGGAAGAUAUAUAUUUGAACUGUGGAAACCAUUACACCACACAAGCUCCGACAGCGUCAUCUACGCAGAUUCGUCUUGUUGGUGGCGGGUACUAUUCUGGGAAAGUGGAGUUAUAUUAUGAGGGCCAGUGGGGCACAGUGUGUGCCAGAAACUUUGACUACCGAGACAUGCAGGUCAUCUGUAGGACGUUAGGGUACUACUCAGGGGGUGGUAGAUAUUACACAGGAAACGCUGGCAUUGGAGGCAACGUGAUGAUAGAACACCUUGAUUGUCAUGGCAAUGAAUCCCACUUGGACCAAUGCCCUUCCAAGACGUGGCUCUCAAACACGUGUGAUCACAGCGAAGACAUCAGCGUAGAUUGUGGAUAUUACGAUUACACAUCCACUCAGCACAUGCCACAAUCUAACAAUGGACAGGCGACUGAUGGUGAUAUCCGACUUGCGAAUGGCGGCAAUGACCAUGGUAGACUGGAGGUCUACUACAAUAAGCAAUGGGGUGCUGUGUGUAUGCGCGGCUUCGACUAUAACGAUGCAAGAACCGUUUGCAGAAUAUUAGGGCUCUACCAAGGUGACAGCUACCUGUCGUUCUACAAUGCCAUUAACGCUUAUGGUUUUGCGUAUACAAAUAUUCUGGUGGAGGACCUCCGUUGCCAAGGAGACGAGUGGAGCCUGGCACAGUGUGACUCGGGAAGGCCGUGGACAAACACCACGUGUGAUCAUUACUCAGAUGUUGGUGUGAGUUGUCGAGGAAACUAUUACGCGACAUCUACGUCAGGAUCAGCCAUUAGUUCACAAUACAGCCAAUGUGGAGGACAUUUCUACGGAACAAGUGGACUUAUCAAAUCACCAAACUACCCAAAUAAUUAUGGAAACUACGAGGAUUGCACAUACUAUAUAAAUGUCCCAAGCGGUUUUUCGAUAUGCUUGCAGUUCGGUACUUUUGUGACAGAACAAAAUUAUGAUGUUUUACAUAUCUAUGAUGGACCGUCUACGGGAAAUCAGGAACUUGAAAGUUUAUCCGGAAGUAUUCAGCAAUACACUGGAAAUCAGUGUUCGUCAGGAAAUUAUCUUACUGCCCAUUUCCGUACAGAUGGAUCUGGAAUAAGAAUGGGAUUCGAGGCUAACUACACAGCCGUGCGACUGAAUGCUAGAGACGACAUCAGACUUGUUGACGGUCAAAACAAGUACACUGGACGUGUUGAGAUUUUUCACAACGGUCAAUGGGGCACAGUGUGUAAUGACGAGUUUGGUUACGAGGAAGUCGUGGUGGUGUGUCGAAUGCUAGGAGUGUUCCAAGGACAGGGAUACGGGCGUGUUUAUACACCAAGUGUAAAAGGAACAGGUCCAAUAUGGCUGGAUGACCUAGGAUGCCACGGACAUGAGUAUUCUCUCGACCAGUGUAGUUCAAGAGGAUGGGGUUCCCACAAUUGUAACCACGAGGAAGAUGUUGGAGUUAAUUGCAUCGAUUAUUCUGGUAACUACGUUUCUGAAUACACAACCCAAUAUAACCGAAUAGAAACAGCCAGUUACCAACACAGCAUGACGACUGACACAAAUGAGCAAGUACGGCUGGUAAAUGGUUUCAACUAUCACAGCGGCCGGGUGGAAGUCUACCAUAACGGUCAAUGGGGUACAAUUUGCGAUCACAACUUUGACCACCUGGAUGUAAUGGUGAUCUGCAGAAUGCUUGGUCUGUACCAGGGAUCUAGUUACGGACAGGCCUACAGCAGCGCGUAUUUUGGUCAAGGCUCCAGUCAGAUCUGGUUGGACAAUCUCGAAUGUAAUGGGUAUGAAUCAAGCCUCAGCCAGUGCAGUCAUCAGUCAUGGGGCUCUCACGAUUGUGGACAUUCGGAGGAUGCAGGGCUCGACUGUUACGGUACAAACGCAUACAUGUCUGAGACGACGAUGGUGUACCAAACCACUGGCUUUCCGUGGUGGCAGACGACAUACAACCCUUGGUGGCAGACUACGGCAGGUUACACCGUGCAAGACGCCAUUCGGGUUGGAUGCAGUGAGAGGGGCUGGAAUAUCCAAGUGGACAUGGGCAUGCUGCGCCGCGUGUACCCGAGCGCACGUGCAUCCGACAUCUACCUAGGGGAGAACACGUGCCUGGGCGUGGAUACAUGGUAUUACGUGAUGUUUCAGCAGGGUCUCAGAGAAUGCCUCACGAGUGAAACGGUGAGGCACGACGUUCUCGUCUACUCGAACCAACUCGUGUACGCGGAGAGAGACCCCGUUCACUCGUUUAUCAUUCGCCAUUACAACUGGACGGUCGGUGUAGAGUGUGACGUACAGAGAAACGAGAGCUCUUCCGGUCACAUAGAGCACGAAAACAACAACCAUCAAGGUGGCCCGCUGGUAUCUGGCGCGAGCCACUAUACGGUGAACAUGACGUUCUACCUGGACCCGAACUU